AUGUUAUUAGGGUUCUUGACAACCCCAUCAUUGGCAUACGGUAGUACUCAACAUGACGUUGGAUCAUCUCAACCACCACGUACUACUCCGCAGCCCACACAUCCUCCUAUACCGACCCCAUCCCGUACUGAACGACGCACUUCCCCUACGAUAACACCCACUCUUUCUACUGUACCACCCACACCAAAUCCUAUUGUGGGUCCGACACCAAUAAUUGAUCCCUCUCCUUCUAUCCCCGGGACAUCAUCUUUUAUACCAUCUGCAAAUGUUCAGCAACAAUCUGAUGAUCGUGAUGAUUUCAAUGAUCCUUUCCCAACUAAUCGGCCUUUUAUUGAACCUUAUGGAAAAGGGUUUUAUCCUUCUAGAGUUGCUUCUCAGGCUGUCACAAGGUGUAUAAAGCAACAAUUUCUUAAACCUUGGACAUCUUGGUUUGCAAUCCCAGAUGAUGACAGAGAACUUUUCUGGAAGAGAUUUAAGCAAAAGGUGCAAUGGAUGCCUGAACAUGAAGUUCAGAUUAAAAGAAACUUCCACAGUAAGGCAUCUCAUAGACUUUCAGAAAUGUUUAGAGAGGCAAGGAUUGCUGGAGAACGCCCGCGUUGGGUGGGGGAGGGCAUUUGGCACUCACUGUUGGCACACUGGAAUACGCCAGCAUACCGUGUUAAAUGUGCUACCGCCCAAAAAAAUAGGGCUUCAGAGAAAGGUGGCGCACUCCACAUUGGGGGCUCAAUCACUGAAGAUUUUUCUACUAGGCUCACACAGGCCAGAGAGGAUGUGGGAGGUGCUCCUGAUGCUACCUCAAGAACAAAUGCAAAUGAGGACAUCAUUAAGACCCAGUGCUGGGUUGAUGUAGUGGGGGGAAAGAAAAAAGGAAGAAUUUAUGGAGCAGGACAACUUGCCUCCCAUUAUACUGUUGCAAGAGGAGGGGUAUUAAAACAUCAGUCAUCUUCAUCCAACACUAUUGACCAACAUAACAUGGUCAGUAGAGAGGCUUAUGAUGAAUUAAGAUCCAGAUUGCAAACUUUUGAAGAUAUUUUAAGGAAAUACAUUCCUGAGGCAGGACAAAUAUUAGACCCAUCCUCUUCCCACCAGACACUUACACAGCCCAUGCAGCCCACUAAUGUGCAAUCACCUAAUCAACAAGAGCCUCUUGUCUAG